UGCGCCUACGAGCUGGUUUGCCAACUGCCAAUAAAUACCAGAAGAAGAAGACCGACGAUAACAAACAUUCUCACUGUGUAGCCUGAAGCUAAUGCUAACAGAAAGAUGUCACUAUUCAGUAUUAACUAAAGCGUUAUUACGAGCCAGGUUGUUUUCGGUUGUUUCGAUAACGAGGCGUUGUCCAAAAGCUAGUUAGCAUUUAAGCUAAUAAGCUGUGGCUGCCAAUCUGUCAUUAUCUGUGAUCUUAAAGUACAUGACUGCGAUUUCGGGUUAUUUGAUCCGUCACCGUUUAGCAACACGGGAAAAACCCUGCACCGGUAUGUGCUUUCUGUAAAUAAGUAAAUAUCGUAAUGUAUGGCUGCUUUUUAUAUUUCGAGACUUGCCCAGUUAUUGAAUAAAGGACUUCCCAAAAGACGAGUCUGGACAUACGCCUCACUGGUGGUGUCAGCUCACGUUGUAUUAAUGACUGACUUAGAACCUUUGGCAAAGAGGCUAAAGAUCCGAACCAAUGCACCAGCGUCUACAUCAUCCUUUCUCCGAGGUCAAUCUUUAUGUAGUAAGAAGCAAGAUAAUGAGUCUGUAGAAAAAACAAGUAUACACAACACAGAGAUGAAGAUGGAUCUACAGCCAAAGACGGGAGCUGGUAGUUUGCGACGUGUUAAGAAGAACACUUCUCAUCAAAGAAUGGGCCCCAGACAGCAACAUAAGGUCAUCAAUACUCUAAAACAAUGGGUCGUUAAGCCCAGGAAAGAUACAGAUACACCUGAAGUGUGUCAAUUCCAAGAUGAUGUGGAAAGUACAGAUGAUGGCGGCUUUGAAAGUACCUCAUCUCAGUCUCUGGUUUGCCAAAAUGUUGAAUUACCCACAGAAUUUGACAUGGAGGAAGAAACUCAACCCUUGACACCAGAAGACCUGGAGGAACACAGUCUGGUGUCACCUGCUUCCCAGGAUUCAGCAGGGAGUGGGCUUAUCCACACGCUGUCCUGCACUGAUCGAGGAUCUGAAACAGAAGAAUUGGAAUCAUGCUCAGCAAGCUCAGAAACCUCUGUCAGACACAAAACCAAAAUAACAGAUUUCUUCUCGGGGACCUCGUCACCACGUCUACUUGGGAGAGGGGGCAGACCAGAUAAGUCUCCAGAGACACAAGACGGACACAAAGAAUCGACAUCUGCUGAUGGAAAGCCUGAAGUUAAAUGGCUGGGGACGCCAAUCAGUGAGCUCAAGAGGAUGCCUGACUGUGGCAGACCGCUUCCCCCACUGAGGAAUGUCCCUGACCAGCAUACUGUGAUGAUAAGGACAGACCUUCUUCACUAUGGUAAAGUUCCUGUUCCAUAUCCUGGUAUGUUUAAGGAUACCUGGGACAUCAUCCAUGCCAAGAUGCCCUGUUCAAGCAGUAAUCUGUUUCCUGUACAAGAUGAGGAAACACAAGAACUUCAGAAUAAGAGUCGGUGGGAGCUGAUCAAGGAAACUUUAAACAAGAAAUUCACAAGUCCACUUGAUAUCAAGAAUGCAAUUUUGAAAUACAGUCCUUCACACGCCAAGAAAUGGGACUUCACAGCUUUACAUCUGUACUGCACUAAGGUCCUGAAGCACGACACUGCUGAACAUCUGUUUGACUCCCUGCUGCCAGACAUGGUGCAAUUAGCACUGAGAGCAUCUGAGCUCUGCACCAAGCCGAUACCCCUCCUCAAGAGAGGCAUGAACCACUCCAUCACGAUGUCUCAGGAGCAGGUGGCAUGUCUGCUCACCAAUGCCUUCUUCUGCACUUUCCCGCGACGCAACUCUAGAAGGACCGAGUACUACAACUACCCAGACAUCAACUUUGUCAGACUGUUUGAAGGAUGCUCUUCAAAGAAGAUUGAGAAGCUGAAAACCCUGCUGUGUUAUUUCAAAAGUGUCACUGAGCAAAAGCCUGUUGGACUCGUAACAUUCACACGACAAAGUUUGGAUAACCCCCCUAAAUGGAAAAGCUCACAGACUCACCUCACAAAGCUCCACAUCACGUGUGAAGGAACCAUUGAGGAUGAUGGUUAUGGAAUGCUUCAGGUGGAUUUUGCCAAUCAAUUUGUGGGAGGAGGCGUCACCAGUUCUGGUCUGGUUCAAGAGGAAAUCCGUUUUCUGAUCAAUCCAGAGCUCAUAGUUUCUCGCCUCUUCACUGAAGCCCUGGACCAUAAUGAAUGUUUGAUCAUCACAGGUACACAGCAGUACAGCAAAUACACGGGCUACGCUCAGACCUACAAAUGGGCCGGCAGCCAUCAAGACACAACUCCAAGAGAUGGCUGGCAGAGAAGAUGCACAGAGAUUGUCGCCAUUGAUGCGCUGCAUUACAAGAACUUUCUGGAACAAUUUAGACUAGAGAAAAUCAACCGAGAACUCAAUAAGGCCUACUGUGGCUUUGCUCGCCCUGAGGAACAAAGCCAAUACCUCGCAGCAGUGGCAACAGGAAACUGGGGCUGUGGCGUUUUUGGAGGUGACAAGCGUCUUAAAGCUCUGCUCCAGAUGCUGGCAGCUGCUGAGGCGGGCCGAGAUGUUGCCUAUUUCACCUUUGGUGACAGCCAGCUCAUGACAGAUGUCCACAACAUGCACUCUUUCCUCACUCAGAGGAACAUCAGUGUCGGGGAGGUGUACGAUCUCCUGGGGCAGUACUACAGCUCAGUGUGCAGGAGCUGCCUCGGCCGGCGCCCUGACGUCAGCCUCUACUCCUUCAUCUACCAACAGGUCAGCCCCUCCCUGGCACCCGAUGAGUCCGACAGGCGCUCUGCCAGACAACAUGUCCCCACAGACUGCCGUUAAGGUCAGGUGGCUGAUGAGUCACCGCGCCUUAUCUUCAGAAAGUGAAACACGGAACUGAAAUAUUCUCACUCUUAUUUAAGCUUUAUUUUAGAUUUUCACCAUAAUUUGAAAAUCUGGCGUGCAGAUCCUUUUGAAAGAACAACAACUGAAAUGCAGGAGUUGAUUAGUUAUGACCCUGUUGUCGCUGGAGUCCAAGCUGUGUUCAUUUUGCCGCUGCUGGUAAUACGCCAAUGUAUUGAGCUUCAAUACGACGCAAUUGUGAUUUUAAUGGUGAAGCAAAGGUUGCCAUCCAUCUUCAGACUUUGUCAUGUUGCCUUUUUUUACACCCACACAUAUCCAGCCUAAUUGAAUUGGCUGUCAGAAAUCGAGUUAAAGGAAAAGAAUAACAAGAGCGGGGAUCAGAAAGCUUGGAGCGGACUCUGGAAAGCUGAUUUAAAAAGCAGCCUGGCUCUCGGUGAAGUAAUCUCUUACCUUCUACAUUUAUAGCAACAUUCUAGAUGUGAUCGUGGAUCCAUGAAUAAAUUGUUUUUUUGGUUUGUAUGAUUCAAAAGAAUCAGUUGGAGUAGAAAUCAUCAUUUGGUUUGUUUGUUGCAUAUGAUUUCAGUGUAAAAUCUGUUUCUAAUAAUUGUGAAAUAUCUACUCCUGAAUGAAUAUGAAGAAUUUUUGUGUUGUUUCAAACCAAUUUAAUAAAAAUG